UCACACUCGAGAGGUGCGUAGGCUCCCCGCUGGCGUCGAUAUCAUGAUGGGCUCUGAGUUGGGCAGCAACACCUUGACCAUAUCUUUCGAGCAGUUGGCCGCGUUGAUCUGUUGGCGGAAGCCCUUGCAAUUCCGGUGUAUACCCCUAGCAUCCUCUUCACUCAGCACUGUUGCCUCUUCCAGCACUGCAUGGUUCAAUCGUUGUCACCAUCCUAACGCGGGCUGCGGUCUUGAGAGGGAGGGCGAUCAGGAUGCCGGGAUAUGGCAGGCCGUGGAGAGCGGGACAUAGAGUGCAAUUAGAGCAAGGAUGGACACCGUGCGGCGAGCACUUGGCCAGUCUUGAGGGGCAGGACGCCGAAAAAGUGGUUGCGGCACGUCGUCUUCGUUCUGAUAUUUUCUAGACCUCUGUAUUUCACUGCCUUCGGUAUGAUAAACCAUUGUCGUCCAACGGAAGAGCACCACCACCUGACUCCAGAGGAAAAGGAAAAAGUGGCCGAGUAUCGACAAAUACUCAGCACGGCCUGGAUUGGAAAACAUGAGAAUUCAACGGUGUCAUUUAUUCUUCAGGACUUACCAAUGGCGAUUCAGUGACGAAGGGGGCAGAUCUCUAUAACGAACAACACGACCAAACGUACCCAAUGGCC